GGAGCGUAGAUGCCGGUUAGCAUCAGGUUAGCAUCAGGCUAACGGUUACCGGGAUGUCUGCGACCUCUAAAGUAGUCCUGGGAGUGUCCGUGGUUCUGACCCUGAGCACCGUGUCCGCCGUGCACCUCAAACAGACCUGGGACCGAGAGCGCCUCCACGACGGUGUGAUCCGGGAUCUGGAGCGACAGGAGAAGAAGAAGGAGAACCUGAGACUGCUGGAGGAGCAGAGGAGCCUCACCAAGCAGCUGGAGGAGCAGAGACAACGCUCACACACACACUCACAGGGUGAGUGACAGGUGAGCAGAUGGACAGCAGCGGGGAGCAGCUCGGUGGAGGUGAGGACGAGGCAGCGUGUACGUCAGCGUCUGAGGGUCUGGAGGAAGGAGAGGUGGAGGGAGAGACGCUGC